AAAAAAAAAAAAUAUCAGAUACGGCGACCCAGAGACGGUGUGGGAAAACACUCUGAAAUUUUACAAGAAAAACACGAAAUUAAAAACUGUUUUUUUUGUCACAUUGUCUCUCCUCUCCGAUGGGCGGCUGGUCUCGCUCGGCGGUGCUGCAGCUCUACAGAGCCCUGCUCAGAGCGGGGCGCCCCCUACAGUACACCGACCGCAACUACUACCGCGCGGCGCUGAGCCGGGAGUUCCGCCGUUGCCAGGGGCUGCGGGAGGGGGGGGAGAGGGAGCUCGCGCUGCAGAGGGGGCUCGUCUUCCUGCACAGCGGCCUGGGCGGGCUGGUCUAGAGUCCCGG